ACUUCCGCGGCUGCUUGGGCUUGUGGGAUUGCAAGAUGGCGACGAUCAGCGGCGUCCGGGCAGUUGCCGGGGCUGUUCUGCGCGCCCAGGGCCGCGGGGCCUGGAGGACCCUCAGCGCCGCCUCCGCCGCCCCCCAGCAGACACUGCGAAGCCAGACAGAGAUACAUGAAGGGAUGUUCAAGGUCACCAUGCUGCCUGGAGAUGGGGUUGGCCCGGAGCUCAUGCAUUCUGUCAAAGAGGUGUUCAAGGCUGCUGGCGUCCCUGUGGAGUUUGACGAGCACCACCUGAGCGAAGUGCAGAACAUGGCGUCAGAGGAAAAACUGGAUGAGGUUGUCGACUCUAUGAAGCAGAGUAAAGUGGCCAUUAUAGGAAAGAUCCACACUCCCAUGGAGUACAAAGGAGAACUGGCUUCCUAUGACAUGAGGCUCAGGCGCAAGUUAGACCUGUUCGCCAACGUUGUCCAUGUGAACAGUUUACCUGGUUUUAAAACACGACACAACAACUUGGAUCUUGUGAUCAUCCGGGAGCAGACGGAGGGGGAGUACAGCUCUCUGGAACAUGAGAGCGUGAAGGGAGUCAUUGAGUGCCUGAAGAUCAUCACCCGGGACAAGUCGCAGCGCAUCGCCAAAUUCGCCUUUGACUACGCCACCAAGAAAGGGCGUUCAAAGGUCACAGCAGUGCACAAAGCCAACAUCAUGAAGCUGGGAGAUGGGCUCUUCCUCCGGUGCUGUGAAGAGGUGGCAGAAUUGUAUCCCAAGAUCAAAUUCGACACCAUGAUAAUUGACAAUUGCUGUAUGCAGCUGGUGCAGAACCCCCACCAGUUCGAUGUCCUGGUCAUGCCAAACCUGUAUGGAAACAUCAUUGAUAACCUGGCUGCUGGCUUGGUGGGAGGCGCCGGCAUGGUUCCCGGGGAGAGUUACAGUGCCGAGUACGCCGUGUUUGAGAUGGGUGCUCGCCAUCCCUUUGCUCAGGCCGUGGGCAGGAACAUUGCCAAUCCCACUGCCAUGCUGCUCUCCGCCGCCAACAUGCUGCGGCAUCUCAACUUGGAAUAUCACUCCAAUGUGAUCUCCGAUGCGGUGAAGAAGGUGAUUAAAGUCGGUAAAGUUCGGACGCGGGACAUGGGCGGUUACUCCACCACCUCGGACUUCAUCAAGUCUGUGAUUGACAACCUGCACCCACACUAUGGUGUCUAGGUCCCCACCUGAGUGUGGGAGUUCCUUGGACUUCACUCUGAUCUCCGGCACCCAUUUCUAGUGUACAAACCGAAUGGACCUUUCUCGCCCUGCUCCCACCCCUAGGGGCGAACCUGUAUCAUGUCCCCCACUCUUGGGCUGCUGGAGCCAGCCCACCUGAAACCGCAACCCGAAGGGGGAAGGGACUCGCCUCUCCCCCAGCCCAGUUAUCAGUUACCAACCUCAGUCAUGGUCAGAUGUUCACCACAAAGAGAUGUGGUCUGAGUGCAGGAUUGGGAGCCUGGGGUCUGAUCCUGGCUCUCCCACUGGUUCAUUGUGCAGCCCGGGGCGAGCCAGUUCACCUCUCUGUGCAGUAGGGAUAGCGCUCGCCACCCUACGCUGCAUGGGAGUUCAGGGUCAGCUAGGUCACCUUUGUACAGUGCUUUGAAGCUGGGAGGGGACAGCCUAAAUAUUCCACUGCUGCUCCAGCUAAGGCCCCCCUGCAGUGUGGCUGACUGGGGCUGUCACGUCCACGUGCUCUCGUCUCAUCCCUGAUUGCUGCAGGAGCAUCUGCCUACUCCAGAGGGGCUUUGCUGUAGCUUGGGACCAUCCGGGGUGGAGACCCCUGUCCACAAAGUGACAAAGGAAGUCUAGUAUUGGCUUGGAGUGAAGUAGAAUUUCAUCCCUGUUAAUCUGAACAGAUGGAAAGUAGGAAAUUUCAGUCUCUCCUGGUGUGUGUGUGGGGGGGGGGGGGAAGCUUUUAACUCUGUGUUCUCCUAACUUCAUCCCCCUCCCAAGGGACGAUGCUUUCCCCACUCUGUUAGCAAUAAAAUUCAGCACUGACCUUGGAAAGAAGUCUUAGGCACUGACCAGAGCUCGAGGGCAACAGGCCUAGCCCGCUCCUCCCAGAUCAGAAUGGCCCCACACAGGUAGGCUGACACUCCAGGACACGGUGAUGUUUCCAGCUGACGCAGACCAUCCUUGGGGCCUGUCUGUACCUCCAGGCUGCUUCUCCUUAUGUCCUGCCAACCAGCCUCCCUGCUGAAACUCCAGCCCUUCCCUCUGGCUGGCUGCUGGGCAGUGCUCUAGGCCAGUUUGCCUGCCCCAUGGGGUGCGCUUCAGAGCAGAGUGCAGUCCCCAUUACUGUAGCAUCGUCCUGCCUGUCGUGCACCCUGCCGCCCAUCGUCGUUCCCUGCAACUCAGCGUGUGCUGGGCAGCCUUCCCCUUGCAUUCGUAUGGGGCUAAGCCGUGGGGUGCACCUGGGAGAAGCAGGGGGGUUAUGAAGAGCGCGGGGCUCUGCAGUGACUUGUCACAUUCCCCGAGAGAGCAGAGCAGCUGCCCUAGCCAGGCCUGUCUAAGGAAGAAGAGGCGCAGGCCCUGCGUGCUGUGCAUGGGCCGCAUGUUUAAAAUGUUGCGUGAAUGACGCGCUUGCUGCUUUGCAUGCAUGGUGUGCACUGGUGUCAUUGACAUGCCGGAUGCCAGCACCUCCCCGCGCAGGCAGUCCUGCUCAAACACUUACACCCACGCGUGCAUGUACACUAGUGGGAGCUUCUGAAACACUGGACCUAACAGUGAAGUCCUGCAGGGUUAAGGAGACCAUGACCUCUUCCCUGGGUAGAAUUCCAGCUGGGCCGGGGUGGGGUCUGGCUGUGGGGGAGACCGGAAGGACCUGAACAGCAAGGCUGCAGGUAGCUUGUAGGUGAUGGAUUAGGCAGGCAGGGCUGGGCCAGGCAUGAACCUGCGGGCUCCCCGGCCCCUAUCGCGGUGCUGGGUCGCUGCUGUGCGGGCUGGGAGCGCACUUCAGGAAAUGCAGAAUGUAUUUAUUGGGCUUUGUACUAAUGCUCAUGAAUAAAUUAUCACACUCUCCCCUCCC